AUGGGCAACGCCUUCCACUUUGUCUGAAGCUGGAUUUUACUUCCCAUUUAAGUUCCCACUUGACAUUGUAUUUUGUCUUGAAUGUUUAGUUAGAUUGUCAUCUUGGGAACCAACUGAUGAGCCAUGGAGCGAACAUAUCAGACAUUCACCUCAAUGCAGCUUUGUGUCAUCUCCAAAUUCGAAAAGCAUACCUAGCACAU